CCUCUAAAGGUCACUAAUUAAGGAAGUAUCUGCUCUCAGCCAAAACAUAAACUCGUGCAAAACCGUAGCUUGUCAUUUUUACACUUCAAUUUUUGUAUGGAUUAAACAAACAAGAUGCAUGCUAACAUGCUAAGCUAACUGGCGCUGGCUGCAGCGCUAAGGCAAAGUGUCAAAUGUCAAAAAUGUCAAAUUAUACCCUUAAAGGGGAUGUAACAUACUUUAUAUGAUAUUCUGUCAUUUAUACACUGUUGUAAUGCAAGAUGUCUAUGUUAAACAUCGUCAAAGUUCCAAAACAUGAGUUGAAUGUAUGUAAAAAUGUUUGCUGAAAGGCAAAUGCUCGUUUGCAAAGUUACUUCUACUUCCCCAUCAAACUGACGUCAGAUUGUUCGCCCACAAACGGGCGUCCAUUCCAUACUCUUUGUUGCUAAGGUCGUUCCGUAGGUUUUUAGCGUUGUCCCCUUGUAUAUUUUGGAUCGUAUUCAGGCUCAAGCAUGUACGAAUGUAUUGGAGAAGUUUAUAUAUUGAGUAAAGAACGAGAAAAAGAAGUGAAAUCCUAGUACUAUUUUUUUAAUGAGAAGCCUCUGGAGCCAGCAGAAGUAGGCCGUGAUGCAGCUUCCAGAAGCUAACCAAUCAGAACAGAGUGGACUUAUUGGGAAGGGGGCAUUAAAGAGACAGAAAACUUGGAGAAACACCAUGAUCUUAACUGCCUUGAAUACAUGGACAUAUUGUCAAAGCUGCUUUAGCAGUACCUGCCAUGCUCUUCUGGACAGAUUUCUGGAGGAAAACUUCUCAGAUCAGCUGUUUCCUCAUCACUUGGACUCAGAUGAUGACAGCCAAAUUACCUCCUGUGAUUUUGAGUCUGUUUGCUUCUGGACUUUAUCAAAUCACAGCCACCAAAGUGACUGGUCAGUGGUGUCUCCACAGCAACCAGAAAACACAGGCGCACAGGCUGGGAUGAUGCCUGUGACCGACCACUCAGUGGGAAGCUCUGACGGGCACUUCCUUCUCUUAAGUUCCUCCCCUGUCGCUGAGGCUUCUGGGAGAUGUGAGUACCACUUGACCAGCCCGGUCUUGUCAGGAAGUGACCCGCACUGCAUUUUGCAUUUGGCUCUUUAUGAGACUGUUCCAGCUGCGGGGAACCUCACACUCCUGAUCAAACCAGUUCUCUUGGGUUCAGCUGUAAAGUCUGUGGACCUCAACCACAGGAGACGAGAUGACCUCAGGGCUGAGUGGGAAGUUCUGGAGACUGUGAUUGGCCGGGUGGACGAGCCCUUUCAGGUGACUCUACUCUACACUGCCUGUGUGGGUGAAGACGGAGCCACUGUGGCUCUCGACUCUCUGGAGCUCAUAGACUGUGAAUCAGAACACCAGGACAUCGAGCUGGAUGUGGAUUGUGGGGAAUCUUUCCACUGUGAAAACUCAGGAGGCUGCAUCGACCAGAGCCAAGUGUGCAAUUUCCACACUGACUGUCCUUUAGGAGAGGACGAGGGCUUCAUCUGUGGUGCUCUUCCGUUUGGCUCACACUGCUCAUUUGAAUGGGAUGCAUGUGGUUGGUCCGUGUCCAACCAGCAAUCGGCCUGGAGGAGGGUCGCUGGAGACAAACUCCUGGAGAACGAAGACAUGCAGGGAGUCACUCUGCAGAGUACACAAGGGCACUUCCUGUUUCUGCAGGUGAGAGAGAGUAAUUCCCUUCAAGAGGCGUCCAUUCGGAGCUCCUCUUUCCCUCCUCCAGUCUCCACUAAUGCCUGCCAGAUGCGUUUUUCUUUGUACCUGUUUGGAGACUUUAAUGGUUCACUGUUGGUGGCUAUAGAAGAGAAUGAGAGCGCCACCACGCCACUGGUCUGGGAGCGAAAUGGUCCGUGGACAGACGACUGGGAAGAUGUUGCCCUGCAGCUGACUGGCCUUCAUCAUGAGUUCCAUAUUAAGGUGACAGCUGUGUGGGGACAAGGCUCCAAUGCUGACAUUGCUCUUGAUGAUAUUGCAAUUGGAGCAGCCUGCUUUGAUACAGAUCUCAACUCUCUCCUGCCCAUGGCUGACUUGGAGGAUUUCUUAAGCCCCCUUCCAGAGCCUUCAGCCUCAGAGGUUUCUUUGAUGACAUGGUGGUUUAACUCAUGUGGUGCCAGUGGACCCUAUGGUCCGACCCAGGCCCAGUGUGACAGUACCUACAGGAACAAAAAUGUCAGCGUUACUGUGGGAAAGGAAGGCCCCUUGAAAGGAGUCCAAAUAUGGAGGGUUCCUGCUACUAACAGAUACCUGAUCUCUGCCUAUGGGGCUGCAGGAGGGAAAGGAGCCAAAAACCACAACAAACGCAACCAUGGGGUCUUCAUAUCUGCCAUAUUUCCUCUGGAGAAAGGAGACAUACUUUACAUCUUGGUGGGCCACCAGGGAGAGGACGCAUGCCCAGGGAGAAAUCCCCACACCCAGAAGAUCUGCCUGGGAGAGUCGUCGGUGAUUGAAGACGACCUCAGGGGAGGGGCGGGCUCAGAGUGGGCUGGAGGAGGAGGUGGAGGAGGGGGAGCUACCUACAUCUUUAAGAUGGAGGGCAGUGAGCUGGUUCCUUUGCUGAUUGCGGCUGGCGGAGGAGGAAAUGCCUACCUGGAAGACCCGGAGUCCAGUCUGGACCAGAUACCACUGGAGCAGUACGAAAAUAGCACCAUAGCUCCCAGUACCAACGGUCAAACCGGCGCUGCAGGUGGAGGUGGAGGCUGGAAAGACAGUCCUAGUCCACACUUGAGGGCUGGCAAGUCUCUGGUAGAGGGUGCUGAAGGGGGGUCCUCGUGUCCUUUGGCCCUGUCCAAACUAAGCUGGUCCACCUUCGGGGGUUUUGGAGGUGGGGGCGGGGCCUGCACAGCCGGAGGAGGGGGAGGAGGGUACAGAGGAGGAGACGCUGCACUGACGGAUGAGAUCACAGCUGACGGUCAGGAUGGAAUCUCAUUCAUUCAUCCAAUGGGAGAGAUUUUCCUCCAGCCUCUAGCAGCCAUGGAGAGUCACGGCGAGUGUGAGAUCAAGGUGCAGCUGAACUGCAGCCACUGUCAGACGCAGAGCUGCAAACGAGAGGAAGACACUCACCUUAUCCUGUGUCUUUGCCACGAUGACGAAGUCCUAGCCAGCGACAACGUUACAUGUAUCGGUGCUGUAGCAACUCCCCAAGGCCCGGCUCCACAGGGCCAGAUGUCCACGACGUUGAUCCUGGCGGUCGUGACCUCCACCAUUGCGAGCGGCAUUGCGCUGAUCUGCGCCAGCGUCAUCCUUAUGUGGUACCGCAGGAAGAACGAUCUACAUGCAGUGAGGGGGCGUCUGCAGAGUCCAGAGUACAAGCUGAGUAAGAUCCGCUCCUCCACCAUCAUGACCGACUACAACCCGAAUUACUGCUUUGCAGGGAAGGCUGCGUCGCUAAGUGAGCUGAAGGAAGUGCCACGCAAGAACAUCACGCUUCUUAGAGCUCUUGGCCAUGGUGCAUUUGGCGAAGUCUAUGAAGGGCAGCUUCUAGGAAUGAGCGGUGAUAACAGUCCCAUGCAGGUGGCCAUAAAGACUCUUCCCGAAAUCUGCUCUGAACAGGAUGAAAUGGAUUUCCUGAUGGAGGCGCUGAUUAUGAGCAAGUUCAGCCAUGAGAACAUUGUGCGCUGCAUCGGCGUCAGUCUCAACAUCCUGCCGCGCUUCAUCCUGCUGGAGCUGAUGACUGGAGGAGACAUGAAGAGCUUCCUGAGACAGAACAGGCCACGAGCUGGCCAAGCCACUUCUCUCACCAUGCGGGAGCUGCUGCGGAUGGCCAGAGACAUCGCUUGUGGCUGUCGCUACCUGGAGGAGAACCACUUUAUACACAGAGAUAUUGCUGCUAGAAAUUGCCUGCUUACCUGCCCUGGACCAGACAGAGUUGCCAAGAUUGGAGACUUUGGCAUGGCACGAGACAUAUACAGAGCCAGCUAUUACAGGAAAGGUGGCCGUGCCAUGCUGCCAGUCAAAUGGAUGCCACCUGAGGCCUUCAUGGAGGGAAUCUUCACCUGCAAAACUGAUACAUGGUCAUUUGGGGUGCUGCUGUGGGAGAUCCUCUCUCUCGGUUACAUGCCGUAUCCUUGUAAGACAAACCAGGAGGUGUUGGAGUUUGUCACCAGCGGAGGCAGGAUGGACCCUCCCAAGGGCUGCCCAGGGCCUGUUUAUCGGAUCAUGACCCAGUGUUGGCAACACUGUCCCGAACACCGGCCCAACUUCUCAACUAUCCUGGAGAGAAUCAACUACUGCACUCAGGACCCAGAUGUGAUCAACACACCCCUACCAGUGGAAUAUGGCCCCACCACAGAGGACGAUGGCAGCACAGUAAUCCGUCCCUCUGACCACACCCCCACCAGCCUCUCUCCACUCCUGGUGUCCCACCCUGUUUCCCAGGAUGCCUCCUCCCAGCUGGGUCUCUCCCCUCUGGGCCUGGGUCCCACCCCUCUUCCUCCACAGCCCACCAAACCCCGCCUGCUCCUCCAGAGAACCCAACCUGUUCACCACGAAGUGAUGUCGUGCCGCGAGGCACUGGAGCCAUCCUGGGCCGAGCCUGUUCCUGCCCCCGGUUUAGCGCUGUCAGCGGCAGUGCCGGGUGUGUGCACAGGAGGCCACUGGCUCCACCCUGAGCCUCCUCACCACCGGCCGUGCUCCAGAAACAGCUCCUCCUCAGGGAGCCAGAGGCUGAAGAACAAAACUAAAAACCUGUGGAACCCCACAUAUGGCUCCUGGGUCUUAGAAAACUUCAGAGGGAAGAAAAGCCUUGCUCACACUCAGUCUAUGCCACUCUCAAGCUCCACGUCCUCCACCUCCAACACACAGGCUCCACAGACCUGCAACACAACCUCAGAGUGCAGCGAGGCUGGGUGUGACAGCACCAACUGUACCCACCUAAGCCCUUCCAGCCUCUGCACUUCCUCAUCUCCCUAUCCUUCCUGCCAAGCUGCUCCAAGCACUUCCUCCCAUAAGAGCCCAACAGGUGGCACCACUGCCAAAGCUGGCAUGGACCUGGCUAAGCUUCAGAGUUUUCCCUGUGGCAACGUCAACUACGCCUAUGAUGAGCAAAGCUACGAGGCAGAGAGCCUACCUUUGGUUAUGCCUAAAGCCCCAGAAGCCGUCACAAACACCAGCUCUGCCCCCAGUGUCUCCUCAGGGACCAGCCUGGGACUGGCACUUGGCCUCCAUACUUCCUCAUCUUGUAUGCCCAAGCUGCUGCUGAAGCGUCACGCCAGCUACGGACACGAGGACGUGAGGAGACACACCAAAGCUGAGAAACCAACACGUGACCGAGACUCAGGCUUUUCUCUGUCAGAAGACCUCAGUGUUACUCCUAUCUAAGAAACAUUUUGACUGAUAUUAAAACUAAAAUGUCAGCUGGAGCCCCUUUUCACUGUAGGACACGCAAACUGAGACUUGCGUUUGCUGGAAUGAAGAGCAUGACCACCAGGCCUCUGCCACGGUGUGAGAGGCGCCACAUCGAAUUAUUAGAGCUCCUGGAAUGCUGGAACACACACACACACACACACACACUCCUCUGCACUGUGAUAGAGAGCCUGGACUCAGAGCCUUUUGGGCUUCUGGUACACUGGUAGCUGAACACUGACCCUGAAACACUGGACGAAAUGCAGCCCUGCGCUUUCUCACUGUCUACAACACUGGUGAAAGCUGCCAUAAAAAACACUUCUGUGGUUGGACUCCUUUCUGUUUUUCUUUCUUGAAAGCUUUAGUAUAUGUUGCAUUAUUGUAAACAAUCGGUUGGAAUUUGUAGUAUUAACAAGCCACAAAUAUUGAGCCAUUGGGAAAAGAAUCUCCAAGCUUUAUUAUAACUUUUAAUUUCAGACGUCACAAAUUCAAAAAAGGUUUUUUUAAUGUAGAGUAACUAAAACCCUUUUCAUGUGUUUCAUCUUCACAUUUUCACUUUUGGAACAUGCGGCACUAGUAGGUGCAUUUAAGUGAUUCUGAUUUGCUUUCUCCCCAGAUAAUGUGAAAACACACAUCCUCCCAAUUUACUGCAAUAACAUGUAUUUUCUGAAAAUGUUUUCCUAGUUUUUCUACAUAGAUCUUGUGCUUGAAACAGCAGUAAAAAAAAACUUGGUGUUACUGAAGUUUUCAGACAUGUCUUGUGGCCUUCCUCAGCAGAUGGAGUUGCUCCUCAGUUGUCAUAGAGAUGGUUUAGUGUGUUAUCACGUGGCCUAAGUAUGGAAAUGUAAGUGGUAACAGGUGGUCGUACAGUAUCUGGGGGGAGAAUGUAAUCCCUCUCUCUGUUCAAGGAUGGUCUCUGGUGUCAGAUGUGAAUGGACUUGUCUGUUUCCAGUGUUCAUUCAGUCUCUUGUCCAGGGUCUUUUGCUGUUUUACUGAUGUAGCAGUGUUCCCCACAGUUGUUGCAAGUGAUGUCAUGCACCACUCCAGGUUUCCCCUCCAGGGAGGUCGUGUCUUUAGGUUGCACCAGCAGAAGAUCUUAAUGGAAUAGUUCAAUAUUUGUAGUCUUGCAGAGAGUCAGAUGACAAGAUCGAUGUCAUGUCUAUAAAAUGAAUAGCUUAGCUUAGUUUAGUAUAAAGACUAGAAUCAAGGGGAAAACAGCUGGGCUCUGUCUGAAGACAACGAAAUCCACCUACUAUUAAAUGUGUUAUAUCUUGUGUGUUUAAUUGUGAUUUUAAAAGGGUGGGUGUGUGUGUGUGUCAGUUACUAUGUCGGGCGCAAUGACUUCCUGGUUGCAUGUCAAGUCACUGUGUCCCUGCAAAGAAAUAGUCCUGCACGUAACCCCUCUGUAAAACCACAACUUCUCAUUUCUACAGUUCAGUCUGGACUAGAACAAACACAAUGUACUGUGUAAAUUAGUGCUGGUAGGCAGAUCGUCAAACUUUGGAAAGAACCAGGCUAGCUGUUUUCUCCUGUUUCCAGUCUUUGUG